AUGGACGCAAGAAGAGCUCCAAAUUUCACCGUUCAAGAAGAAAAGAUAUUGGUAUCUUUGGCAAAAAAGUACAGCCACAUUUUAGAAAAUAAAAUGUCCAAUGUGGACAUGAAUACGAAAAAAGUGGUGGCAUGGAAAAAAAUAGAGGAAGAAUACAAUUCUUCAGUCGGGUCAAAUUUUCGUGAGGUAAAAGUGCUUCGAAAGAAGUACGAGAACAUUAAAAAAAGGUCAAAACGAAAAUUUGCUGAUGAAAAAGCACAUGUUAUGGGUACAGGUGGAGGUUCCCAGAUGGACAGUCAGAUCAACGAAAUUGACAUCGACAUAAAAGAAAUAUUAGGUACCCGAUUAGAAGGAUUGUAUUCGGAAUUUGAUGAUGAUGCUGUGGUCCAACAACCUGAAGAGGUGUAUGAAGCUGGUGAUGAAACUGAGGAAAGUGGGGUACAUUAUGAUCUAGAAGAUUGGAGUCCCUCGCUUACAAAUAAUGCACUUGUUGACGAUCACACAUAUUAUGCAGAUCAGGAACCAUCCACUAGUUACGAGUCAAAGCAUAUACUUAGUGACAGAAGUGAAAGUAAAUGGACCAAAUGUGAGCCAGAGAAAUUAAAAAAAAAUGUUUCAAAACCAUUGGUUGUAGCAGAUAAAAAAAAAUACAAGACUGAUACAAUUGCUACAAAGAUAUCACAAUGGGCAGCUGCAAAAACAGAAAUAGAGGAAUUUAAAAAAGGGCUCAUAAAAGAGAAGCAUAUGUUAGAGCUACAGAUUUUAAAAGAUGAAUCCGAUGCAAGAAUUGCAUUAAUGAAAGAGGACCAAAAAAGUAAAAUAAAGAUAAAUUCUACCGAUGGCAAGGGUAUUUUCAAACCUGAAAGUGGAGAAGACGAACGGGAAUCCUGGGACAGCAAGCUGACGUUCUUACUGGCUACUAUCGGUUACGCUGUCGGACUGGGAAAUGUUUGGAGGUUUCCUUACUUAGCUCAAAAGAAUGGCGGCGGUGCUUUCCUAAUACCAUACUUUGUUAUGCUAGCAAUAGAAGGAAUACCAAUCUUCUAUUUGGAACUUGCAAUCGGACAAAGACUUCGAAAAGGCGCUAUUGGAGUGUGGAACCAGGUAUCGCCAUUUUUAUCAGGAAUAGGUAUCAGCAGCGCCGUGGUUUCAUUCAAUGUGGCUCUCUACUAUAACACCAUCAUAGCGUGGUGUCUUUUUUACUUCGUUCAAAGCUUCCAGUCUCAGCUUCCUUGGGCAGAGUGUCCUAAUGUUUAUUUCCCUAAUGGGUCCUAUACCAUAGAACCGGAGUGCGAAGUUAGCAGUCCAACGCAAUACUUUUGGUACAGAACCACACUGAUGAUCUCAGAAGACGUAAACACUCCAGAAAGUUUUAAUUGGAAAAUAGCGCUUGCUCUACUCGUCGCCUGGAUUCUGGUUUAUCUUUGUAUGAUAAAAGGAAUCGCUUCUUCGGGAAAGGUCGUCUAUGUUACAGCAACGUUUCCAUACCUUGUGCUCAUUAUUUUCUUUUUUAGAGGCAUCACUCUCAAAGGUGCUGGAGAUGGCAUCCGACAUCUCUUUACCCCUACAUGGCAUACAAUCUUGGAUCCGGUGGUAUGGCUCGAGGCGGGAACGCAAAUUUUCUUCUCCCUCGGACUUGCAUUUGGUGGCCUUAUAGCGUUCUCCUCGUACAACCCUGUAAAUAAUAACUGCUAUCGAGACGCCAUUAUGGUGUCUCUUACCAACUGCUUUACUUCCAUGUUCGCUGGCAUCGUUGUAUUUUCCAUUAUAGGAUUCAAGGCGACUAUGACUUACGAACGAUGUUUAGAUCAUAGGAAUUUAACAUUGACUGAAUUUUUUGGAGGUUUAUACAAUGAUACUAAUCUUCCUGAAGCAGGGACGUUAAUAAAUUUUACAGUGGGUGGAGAGAUCAUAAGUAAAAUUAUGCCUGAAUUACCAUUUUGCGAUCUUGAACAAGAGUUGGAUAAGUUUGGCACAUUGGAAGGUGUCGUUACGUCAGUGGUCGAUAUGAAAUUGUUCCCGAACCUGCCUAAAGAGAUUCUAACCGGAAGCCUGUGUACUCUAUGCUGCCUAAUAUCUAUGGCGUUUGCUCAUGGUGCUGGAAGCUAUGUCUUCGUACUCUUUGAUAACUUUUGCGGGAAUUACCCGCUGCUCAUUAUUGCAUUUUUUGAAUGUAUAGGUGUGGCGUAUGUUUAUGGUUUACGAAGGCUUUUUGGAUAUGUUUUAAUAUACGACAACGAAAAAGCUUGGUUCCCCGCAAACGAGCUGAAAGACUUCCACGGCAUCAUGCCCCAUGAAGUGACAACGGCAGAAACUUUGCUGUUCUGUAUAAGGGCUGACGGGUCUGAAGGACUUUGCUGUCCCACGAUGCAUUCUUAUGAUGAUGACGAUGAAGAGACUUAA